UCCCUGUGUCCUUGAGUCUUUCCAAAAGCUAUCACUUCACCGUUGGAGCAGAUGAAUUGAAGGACCUGAAGCUCUACCUGGUACCGGUACAGUUGCAGGGUGGAAGCAGCCUUUUCUCAUUCAAACACAGCCACUUGAUUUUAAGUUCAGGCAUGGCACCGACCUCUUGAAAACGGGGAACCAGAUGGAAUCGCUACGCUGCAUCGUGAGCUUUGGUGUUGUUCUUGCGGAUUGGAAAUUUGUGGAACUAUUCAUAGUAUCUCCGGCAAUUUGCUUUUGAAGCCGCAGAACCGUCAGGUACAUCGUACCAUACCCAGCAUUGAAGCCGUAAGAGUGAUUGAAUCAUUCCGACGAACAGAUUUGCUAGAAUCACAGGCUCUAUUGUGCUCCGUGUGCUCCAAAAAUCGUCGUCAGAUUGCAAGAAGUCUCCCAUCGGGUCAUGCGCUGGGACUGGUGUGUUUUGAUGAAGGCCGACUGCUGGCUGUGCAGCGUCUCGUAAGGCAAACCAGUCUCACAUCUCCUUUAAAAAACAAAGCUUCCGCACCGAUAGACUACGGAAGCCAGCGAGGCCAGGGCAGGCUAAAGCGACGAAGAGUCGCUUUUAGUGGCUGUGCACGGUGCGAAAAAGAUAAACCAUUUCCACAUCUUUCGUUACAGGUGGCUGUGGCGGUGGGAUCUUAUCACAAAUUCCAAUCCACCACAAACAAACAGCACGAUAUUACCAUGAGCAAAUUUGCUGGAUCUCUUCUUCUCUUCAUCGUGACCGGUGGCGCCGACGCAUUUCAUUUCAACGCUUUGAAGCCACGGAUUGUUGUCCCAGCCGAAGGAUCAGCCACGUCGAAGAUGCGACCGCUCUUUGCCCACGUUCUUUGCGAUGAAAUUGCUGCAGUUGGGAGUAACGACAAGGAUGAUCUUUGGAGUCAACUAGAGCAGGUCACAGAGAACCACUUGAAGGAAAAGAAGAGAGUUUUCUUCAACCUGAAGGAACUGCAGCAUGAUCAUGAACCACUGGCACAUCAGCUCCAGGCAGAAACUCAAGUUGCGUUCCAAGUCCCAGAAACAAUGGAGGAGGCAUUGGAAUCCCUCAUUGCCACCCCGUCUAUGCAAUUCACACUUGUGGCUCUUGCAGUGACACUGGGUGUGCGUUUGGUAUUAGGGCCACUAGGAGUGGCAGACUUGAUUGCUAUGGUGGCGACCAAGGUUUUCUGGGAGCUUCAAGAAUGGAUUGUUCAUGCACACUUCUUCCAUGGCAAGGAACGAAAGGCUAUGUGGCCAUUUGAGAACCAUGAUAAGCAUCACAACCUUCCCUAUUACCAUGUGUCAGUAGAAACACUACCCAUGGUGGUUGGCUGGUAUUCAGCAGUUGCUUCUGCAGCCUUGGCAGCAGUGUCCAUUGGAGCCCCUGCUGAUCUUGCCAUGACCUCGCUUGGAUCCUAUACUACAUGUGGGCUCAUGUACAUGGUCCUGCACUUCUUGACACACACAAAACUGCCUAUGAAAGGUUGGCUACAGGAAGCACGGGCGAACCACAUCAAGCACCAUUUGGAACCAGGAACCAACUUGAAUAUGGGGCCAAAUACAUUUGAUCGCAUCAUGCAAACAUAGUGACUGAAUUGAUUCUAUCUAGCUAGCCAGUCAAUCCACUUCGGUAGUCGAUCUACUACAUGUAGCUAGCUAGCAGUGACGGUACCGAUUGCAUAAAUUAAUAAUUAUAAUGCAGGAUCCGUCUCG